AUGGCGUCCCCGGCGAAGACGAACAAUAUUAUUACCACUCCUCCUAUUGACACCGUUAUCAAGCCAAUAUACGAGUAUUCGGAAGAGCAGAAGUCGCAGAUGGCCGAACUCCGCGAGUAUGCGGACAGCCUCCUCCUUCCUACAACAGACCCAUACUACCCAUGGGAGCUGCGGUGGCUGAGAAAGCCGGACACCAUCCCACGCUACAUGCGUGCUGCAAAGUGGAGCCUUCCGGACGCGAAGAAACGCAUACAGUCUACUCUUGAGUGGCGGAGGGAAUAUCAACCAGAUCUUAUUCCGCCGAAUGAAGUUAGAAUCGAAAGCGAAACUGGGAAGAUCCUGAUCAAUGGCUUCGACAAGGAUGGUCGACCGAUUAUUUACAUGCGGCCCGGACGAGAGAAUACUGAAACGAGCCCGCGGCAACUGCGUCAUUUGGUCUGGUGCUUGGAGCGAGCAAAAGAUCUCAUGCCUCCAGGUCAAGAGUCUCUGGUCAUCAUUGUUGACUACAAGUCCACGACAUUGCGAACCAACCCUUCAAUUUCUAUAGCAAGGAAGGUGUUACAUAUUCUUCAACAACACUAUGUCGAGACCCUUGGCCGCGCCAUUGUUGUCAACCUUCCUAUGCUCCUCAACUUCUUCUACAAGUGUAUCUCGCCCUUCCUCGAUCCCGUCACAAGAGACAAGAUGCGCUUUAACCCCGACCUUUUUGAGCUCAUCCCUGCCUCUCAGCUCGACGCAGACUUCGGGGGCGACUACCACUACGAGUUUGAGGCGACAAUUUAUUGGGACCAAAUUGUGGCCGCGUGUGGUAUCAAAGAAGACGGCACCCACGUGGGCUAUCCCCCGACGGAUGGAAGCGCGGAGAAAGCACUUGCUCAGACCGACAACACAGCCUCAGCUCCACUGCAGACGUCACCUAUGAGCGAGAAGACACGAGUUGGCGUUUCUGCACUUUCUGUCGAAUCGGACAGCUUGAAGGUGCAGAUUCCAGUUUGA